AUGUUACCGGGCCUUAUGUCUCAUUUUACAAUAUGGGCUCUGGGACUUUUCGCAUUGUCCGUAAAUGCUAAAGAUCUCGGUAAUGUGUUCAACAGCUUAAGCAUUACGCCCGAAUCUAAUACAGAAAACUUACCACAAGGCGUGUGGGAUGCCCAGUUAGGCUUUACUUUUACUGACGCUAUGAAUGUUCAAACGGGAGAUACGUUCACACUGGAUCUCCCCAACGUAUACAAAGUAUAUGGCUCUGGAAGCUCUGAUUCCAGUUUCACUAUAAGUUCAUCAUCUGGAAGUCAAUUAGCUACUUGUUCGGUCUUUUCUGGAACUUCGUUAACAACAGAUUCAAGAAUCCUUUGUACGAUUACCAGUACAAACAUCAACCAACAAGCGUCGCUCGGUGAUAUUCAAGGAUCUUUAACUAUUCCCUUUAUCUUUUCCGUAGGAGGAUCAGCCAGCAGUGCUGAUUUGACUGCCGCAAAGGUAUACACGCCUGGCACAAACACCAUCACCUGGAAUCAAUUGUCUGCUACUGUUUCUUUUGCUGCUGGUCCAACUUACACACCAGCUCUUGCCAAUGGAUAUGAUGAGGCUACGGAUCCCAAUUACUUCGUGCGCACCUCUAUCAAUAAUGAAAUCCAAUCAUAUUUCGUAGGGUCUCAAUGUUCCUCAGGUAACGUGGCUGAAGAAAAGAUACAGAUUUCCUUCGCAGGUUAUUCUAGAGGCGAUGCCGAUACUGGUGAAUUAGUCUCGUGUGACAAUAUUCAGGUUCAAUUAUCAAAUCAAUUCAAUAGCUGGCUGAUGCCAGAAACCGCAGAAAGCGGAUCAACGAUAAGUUACACCUGCUCGAACAAUGUAGUAACUGUUGACGCUAAAGAUAUUCCAAGUGGCUACAGGGUGUACGUGACAGGCUAUCAAAUACCCUCUAACUCCGGUAACCCAAUUACAAUUAUGAAUUCUUAUCAGGACAAUGUCACGUGCUCAGAUGGUACCACCACUAAGAAAUCGUUUAGUAUCAGGACCCAACUUCAACUUGCCGCAUCGUCCGGUGAAUACCAACCAUUUAAUAUUGUCACUAGUACAUACCCCGGUGAUGUAACCACAAUAACAACUGUUUUGGCAACAGGAGGAACAGAGACUUACAUUGUCUUGGUUCCAACUCCUAGAACCACGAUAACAAAAACAUACGAUGGAAGUGCGAUUACGACCAAAACGCUAGACCACACCUCAGGCGCUUCCUAUCUAACUGUUGAGGUUGACAUACCAACAAGGACAAAGACUACUACUAUUCCUUGGACAGGAACAUCGACUACCAGCUACUUGAUUACAACUGGAAGUACAUACACUCAGGUUGUGGAGACACCCGCAUCGCGUACGACCAUCACUCAUACCUGGACUUCUCGAACACACUCGACCACUACUGAUACCUUCAAUCCAUCCUCUGGUAAUAUUGUUACUGUGGAGGUUUGGCAACCGAGCUUCACAACGACGACUACCACUGUUUACACGACAGGUGCACAAGAGGUACGCUCUACACAAUCAUACUCAGACGCCGAUCAAACUGUUACGGUUGUUGAUUACAAACCGUACCCUAGAACAACUACAUUUGUUCCCGCAACUAGCACAUCGUAUUUUAGUACAUCUUACUUGACAAACAGUCUUUCGCAAACAACAGGAAUGGAGAUUUUCAAGUAUGCUCCAGUGCAAACCGUCACUAGCACGUAUAUCUGGUCUAGCACCGUCACAUCUACGUCCACUAAGGCCACAACUGCUGGAGCAUCUGUGGUAACUGUCGUGGUUGAUGUGCCCCCUUACACGCAGAGUGCUAACGGUUUAUGUGGCCCUACCAAUGGUGUCACUGGCUUACCUUGUUCAACUGGUUAUUACUGUAACCAUGACAAUUCAAACAGUCAGUAUUGUGCAUCGAUUGGAACGAAGACACUGACAAGCUAUUACGGGCAAUCAACUACAUCCGUAACUACAUUACCAUAUGUUACCUCGGAUACUACUGUCGUUGUGUAUGUGCCACCUAAAACGACCACUGUAACUGCGGUCUGGCCACAUGUCUCUUCCUUCACUCAGACAGAACCUUACGUUUCGGGUUCCUCCGUUGUAAAGGUCGACGUUUUCAUCCCUACCACAACCACAGUUAGAAGCACGUGGACGGAUACUUCUUUCUCUACAGGGACAUUGGUUCCACAAUCCGACUCUCCUGAGUAUACAGUUGUGAUUUAUGGGCCUGCGGUCAGUGUUUCAACCUCAGUGACUUCUUGGACUGGUUUGACUACCCUUACAACCACCGUUUCGAGUAACCCUACUCAGGUAACUGUUAUUGUCAAAGAGCCAAUACCUCGUACGACGGUUACCAGAGGCUGGACCUAUUCGACAACAGGGACAACAACAUUCAAUUGUGGUGAUAUUGAACAGGCAAACCCUACUGCAAAUGUUUUCCACAAGAGAGCUAUCAAUCCUUACACGCAGGUAUGCGAUCCACUUGAUACAACAACCACUAUGAUAACUGAAGUUGUACAUGUACCAUUCACCACAACCACAAUUAGCUAUCCUUAUACUGGCACUACUACAAGUACGUCAAUCAGCUUGUCAGAUGGAGGUUUGACUUUGACCGAUAUAGACUACGUUCCAAACACGGCUUGUGCAACCUCAAGUGCUAGUUGCGGAACAUUGACAACUUCCGGAGAUGAAGUAUUUGGCGUCCAAACUCACUGCUGUCAGCUUGGCUUGAGAUGUGCUACUGAGUUGACUAAUGUUAUUUGUAUUCCAGCUUCUACACAGACCACUUUAGCAACCAAAUAUUGGACAAAACAAAGUACCCAAACCACUGUUUAUACUACCUAUCCUGCAGGUGAACCCAUAGUAGAGACGGAUGUUAUAGUGCCAAUUGUAACUGAGACUGUCACGAACACUUGGGGUAACUCCGUCACAUCGACAAUUACUACGAUUUCCGGUGAUUCCACUCGCGGGACAGCUACAGUUGUGGUUGAAGUUCCAACUCCUGCUCUCCCCAGCGUUACAAUAACUACGGCAUGGGAUUCGAGCUUCACAUCAACGAUAACAGUGUCACCUACUAAUUCGCAGUCAGGAACAGUUACGAUUAUCGUUGAAACGCCUCAUGCUCAAGCGAACUCUACGACGACCACUCCUUGGACUGGUACUUACACCACCACCUACCAAACUGAUGUGACUACAUUCACCGGUACCGAUGGAAUUGAAACAGUUUCGACUCUAUACCACGUCGAGACCCCAGCGGCUAACGCCACUUCUACGACGACUACUCCUUGGACUGGUACUUACACCACCACCUACCAAACUGAUGUGACUACAUUCACCGGUACCGAUGGAAUUGAAACAGUUUCCACUCUAUACCACGUCGAGACCCCAGCGGCUAACGCCACUUCUACGACGACCAUUCCUUGGACUGGUACUUACACCACCACCUACCAAACUGAUGUGACUACCUACACUGGUACUGAUGGAAUUGAAACAAUUUCCACUCUCUACCACGUUGAGACCCCAGCGGCUAACGCCACUUCUACGACGACUACUCCUUGGACUGGUACUUACACGACCACCUACCAAACCGAUGUGACUACCUUCACCGGUUCUGAUGGAAUUGAAACAGUUUCCACUCUGUACCACGUCGAAACCCCAGCCUCUAACGCGUCGUCAACUAUCCCUACUACAAGUGGAAAAGCUGAAUCUACGGUAACAACAGGGUGGACUGGCACUUAUACGUCAACAUAUAGCACCGAGGUUACAGUUAUAACCCUUGAUGGUGUUACAACGACAUCUACCAUUUACCAUGUCGAGACUCCUUCUGUUACGGGUGCUAACGCCACUUCUACGACGACCACUCCUUGGACUGGUACUUACACCACCACCUACCAAACUGAUGUGACUACCUACACUGGUACUGAUGGAAUUGAAACAGUUUCCACUCUCUACCACGUUGAGACCCCAGCGGCUAACGCCACUUCUACGACGACCACUCCUUGGACUGGUACUUACACCACCACCUACCAAACUGAUGUGACUACAUUCACCGGUACCGAUGGAAUUGAAACAGUUUCCACUCUAUACCACGUCGAGACCCCAAGCGGAAACGCUGUGUCAACCACGACAACCGCCUGGACUGGUACUUACACCACCACCUACCAAACUGAUGUGACUACCUACACUGGUACUGAUGGAAUUGAAACAGUUUCCACUCUCUACCACGUUGAGACCCCAGCGGCUAACGCCACUUCUACGACGACCACUCCUUGGACUGGUACUUACACCACCACCUACCAAACUGAUGUGACUACCUACACUGGUACUGAUGGAAUUGAAACAGUGUCCACUCUAUACCACGUCGAGACCCCAAGCGGAAAUGCUGUAUCAACCACAACAACCGCCUGGACCGGUAAGUAUACCACCACCUACCAAACUGAUGUGACUACCUUCACCGGUUCUGAUGGUAUUCCAACCACUUCAACCUUGUACUACGUUGAGACCCCAAGCGGAAAUGCUGUAUCAACCACAACAACUGCCUGGACUGGUAAGUAUACCACCACCUAUCAAACUGAUGUGACUACCUUCACCGGUUCUGAUGGUGUCCCAACCACGUCAACCUUGUACUACGUUGAGACCCCAAGCGGAAAUGCUGUAUCAACCACAACAACUGCCUGGACUGGUAAGUAUACCACCACCUAUCAAACUGAUGUGACUACCUUCACCGGUUCUGAUGGUGUUCCAACCACAUCGACCCUCUACUACGUCGAGACUCCUAGAUCUGCAUUUUACGGAAACACCACCACUAAGACGGUCCCUCAUUCAACUUCAAUUGAGACUAGUUCCACUUAUUUGACUACCAAGGCGACAAGUGUGUCUUCGUCUUUCCAAACUUUGACGUCAUCAGUCACGGAUGUAACCCAGAGCACACCUUCAUCCAUCCCAACGGUAUCAUCUGAAAGCUACUCCAGUAUAUUGACAACCACAGAAACUGGCGUAGAAACGUCCUUUACUACUACCUGCCCAGAAAGCUCCACAUUUUCAAGUGGUGACUUCGAAACCACAUCAGAUUCGUCGGUUACCUCUACUUCAUCAUUCUUCCCACAGGGCAGUGAAACUGUUGUGACCACGACAGUUUCUGGUGUUGAAACUUCUUACACAACAACAUGUCCGGCUUCUGAUACCCACCAAACACCUUCAUUUGCAACCAAAUCAGAAACUGUCCGCUCAAUUAUUCCUACUUAUACCUCCUCAAGCAGCCCAAUCGAAACUGCUAGCACUAAAGUAAGUGAACACAUCACCAACGGUGUCACAGCCUCCUACUAUCCAACUGGACCACAAGCUUCGUCCACCUUUUCCUCUAGAGAAGGUGAAACGAGUAUAGCUUCGCAAAUGGGGGCAUCUGAAACGAAUAGCUCUCCCACACCAACUGAUUUUUCACCCCAAGGCAUUACGUCUUCUACUUUUGAAAGUAAUGGAAGUGGAGUCUCUUCAAUCCAAAAUGUUCCCUCUGGAGUGAGUCCAUCAAAUACCAUCGUAUCCUCGUCUAACGGUUAUGCAAUGAGCUCUGGAUCGUCUUUGAAUGGUGGCACUUUAGUCUCACAAUUCACUGUUUCUCAGCAGACUAGUUCAUCAAUCGCUACGACUGGCGCAACUCAUUCACUAGUAUCAGUGUCGACCUAUGAGGGUGCAGCACAAAGAAUGAAGACUGGACUGCUCUUGCUUCUGCCUCUAGCACUAUUAUAA